UAUUGUUACUGAUCAUGAAGCUAUUCCUUGGUUAAAGAAACACAAGCAACCUAAAGGACGUCUAGCCUGGUGGACAAUUCAUUUGUCUGAAUAUGAACCUUAUAACAUUAUUAAACGAAAAGGAAGUAAUUAUACAAAUGUAGAUGCACUCUCAAGAUUAGAAACUAAUCCAGUAGAUAUGUACAAUAAAUUUAUUGAUUACUUACUUCGACAUAAUUAUCCACCUGAAUUAACUCUACAACAAAAACAAAAAUUAGCAAGACAAGCAACCCAGUAUAUAGUAGAAAAUG